AUGAGUUCGCAGAACGGGAAGGAGCAGGAACUUUUCCUUCAGUCUUCAACGGCUACCGUUCCCUCUCUCCCCCUGCAGGUGGCUUCACAUGACGAGGAAAAAGACGUCAUGGUUAAGCCAGCAGCUGACAAAACCGGAGACGUGCAGAAGACGGUAGAAGAGAGAGAUUGGGCUCAUCCCAGAAAAGGGCAAAACGUGGAGUGGACAUCGACACAAUAUGAACAACGCCUCCAAAAGAUCGCCGGGGCGGUGCGAACCAUUAUUGAGUGUAUUGGCGAAGACCCAGAGCGCGAGGGCCUUCGUGAAACUCCCGAGCGAUAUGCCAAGGCCAUGAUGCAUUUUACCCAGGGAUAUAGGCAGAACGUUCAAGAACUGGUCAAUGGCGCCGUCUUCAGGGAAGAUCACGACGAGAUCGUUAUCGUGAAAGAUAUAGAUAUAUUCUCUCUCUGUGAACACCACAUGGUUCCCUUCACUGGAAAGAUGCAUUUCGGUUACAUCCCUCAUAAGCAAGUUAUGGGUGUGUCUAAGCUAGCUCGUAUAGCUGAGAUGUUCUCCCACCGGCUUCAGAUUCAGGAACGGCUUACCAGACAGGCUGCCUUGGCUAUUUGGGAGGAUCUUGCCCCUAAAGGCGUUGCGGUUAUUAUGGAAUCCACUCAUCUUUGCAUGGCGAUGCGCGGUGUGCAGAAAGUUGGGAGCAGUACAACAACCACUUCUAUGCUGGGGUGUAUAAAGACGGAUCUUGGGAUUCGAGAAGAGUUCUUGAGACUCGUGAAUCGCUGA